UGCAUAUAUAUCAUAUCCAACAUUAAAGAAAAUGAAAUGAUGCAGUUUGCAAGAACAUGGCUGGUAUUUGGCUCACAGACACAUUUAAUCAAACUAGACACCAAAAUGCUGACAUUGCUUCCUGGAGAGAGGAAACCUAAUAUUCCUUUUACCCAAAGAAGAAGCACUCGACAGACCAGCAUUGCAUCUUUUGUCACGUUACAACCAGGAAUGGCAAAUGGUGGUAACCAGAAGAACAUUUUCUCUCUCAAAGAAAAUCAGAUCAAAAAAGAAUACAAGAGAACCCAGCUAGACUGUUUGGCCCAGGGAUCAGAGGAUGGCGGCUUGGUAUCACCUUUGGUCACUUCAACUCCUGCAGACAUCCAGGAAGCUGGGCAUUCUCAGUCUGCCCAGAUUUCAGGCUGCAGGAGUUUGGAAACUUCAUCGUUGCCUAUGAUGUCUUUGCCCCAGCCUGAUGUCCUGAUGGGCACUGGAGAGAGUAAAGGCCCCCUGGAUUCUUCCUUUACCCAAUUCAUGGAACAUUCUUGUUUGCUGGACCAAAGAGAGGCCAAGAGGAAAGGGGAAGGGCUUCGUGGAUCUAAGACAGACUGUCCAGGGAUGGGAAGCCACAUCAGAGCACCCGGGAGUAAAUGCCAUCAGGCCUUGGACAAAGCCGAAGUGGGGAAGAGGGAGCCUGCCAAGGAAAACAGGCCGGCCCCUGUGCUUCUUCAGACCCGUAGAUCUGGGGCCUGCGGUAGGAAACAAACACUAUUGGUGACAAAAAGCCCUUGUCCUCUUUCUGUAUUUCCCAGGGACAGUGAAAGGAGUGACAGGGACUCCUGGAGUCAGCUUUUCACUGAGGAUUCCCAAGGCCAGCAAGUCAUUGCCCAUAACACUAAAAUGCCUUUCCGAGAUGUAACCAAUGCUAGGAAUCAAGGCUCAGGGCAGUUUCCUGACGGCCCACAGGCUCAGGGCCACGAUGGGCCUGCUCAGUUACAUCUGCAGUCACACCUGCUCUUUACCCAGGACUCUGAAGGUAAUCGGGUUAUCAGGCACUAGUUCUAGAUGUUUAUGUGAGGGUAUCUGCAAGUGGAGGGGAGGAGGGCGGGGCUGGGUAGAGGAGGGUUUAGGUAAAAGGCCAGGUGGGAUAACGCAGUUGUGCUAUGGAACAUUUUCCGUAUGUAAAUAAAGCCCUGUGUGGUAG